AUGUUAACAGUGGAUGAAGCCAUUUCAACGUUACAAUCAAGUUUACAAACAUUUUACGGUCUUUUCAUAGGAUUUAUGGCUGUUCUUAGUGAUUUAAAGGAUGGCAAGCGAGUGAUAACACAAACUUCACCAUCACCAUCAUCUUCAUCUUUAACCCAAUCAGCCGAAAGUGAAGAGGACAAUUUCACCGAAGAGUACGUCAAUGCAAACCAUGAAAAGGGUCGAGUUGUCUCGAUAAUCAGAAAUGUAUUGGCUUGUUGGCAUUUCAUUGUCAACAUGCUUUACUUAAUCAAAAGAGCUGUUGCUGUUAAGGUUCACAUUGCAGAUCCUGAAAAGAUCACCAUUAAUCCAAUGAGGUGUAUGAGAGGUCAUGUUAAUCCAGCAGUUACAUUAGGCAUGGCCGCAAUUGGUAAAUUAUCCUGGCUAAAGGUUCCUCAUUAUUUUGCGGCUCAAUACAUCGGAGCUUUUUUCGGUGCAAUGGCUACUUAUUUUGAAGCAAUCACAUCUAACUUUGGUGCCGACUUACAAACUGAGGGUGCAAAUGCAACAGCAAGUAUCUUUGGUACUUUUUCUCAAUCAGAAGUCUCUGUAGGAACAUGUUUUCUGGACCAGAUUGAACAAAUGUACUCACGUCCUUACAAACCUCAGAGUCUCAAUUCGAAAGAAUUUUACCCGUUUUAG